AUGGUCCCCAAACCACUUCAGGUCCCUCCGAGGGACAGCCAUUCGCGGCGAUCUCUCAGCAACCAGACGCCGCACAUGGCCACGACGACCCUCAAGGUCGAGGGUAUGACGUGCGGCGCUUGUACCUCUGCUGUUGAAGCGGGCUUCAAAGGUGUCGACGGUGUCGGCAAUGUCUCUGUCAGUCUUGUCAUGGAGCGCGCGGUAGUGAUGCACGACCCGAGCAGGAUAUCGGCCGAGAAAAUACAGGAAAUAAUAGAAGACCGAGGGUUCGACGCCGACGUUCUCAACACCGACAUGCCCUCGCCACGAAUCCAGGCCGCCAUGAUGCCGUACGACGAGUACGCUGUGGACGACGACGAAAAUGACGGCCCGCCGAUGCUGGUGACUACGGUGGCUAUCGAGGGAAUGACCUGUGGUGCAUGCACUUCGGCGGUCGAGGGCGCAUUCAAAGGAGUAGCUGGGGUCAAGCACUUUAGCAUUUCGCUGUUGUCAGAACGAGCCGUGAUUGAGCACGACCCGGCGCUUCUAAGUGCCGAAAGGAUCACGGAAGAGAUUGAAGACAGAGGGUUCGGAGCGACGAUUGUGGAAAGCAAGGAACAGAAGCCAGAGAGGAGGUCGACCGUAGAGCGACACCAUAGCAGUUCGCUGCACGCGAUAACAACCGUCGCGAUUGAGGGCAUGACCUGUGGCGCAUGUACCUCGGCCGUUGAGGGCGGCUUCCAGGACAUUGACGGCCUUCUACGGUUCAACAUCAGCUUGUUGGCUGAGCGCGCCGUUAUCACCCACGAUCCAGCGAAACUCUCUUCCGAAAAGAUCGCCGAGAUCAUCGAAGAUAGGGGCUUCGGCGCAACCGUUAUCUCGAGCGUUCCUGAGGCAUCUGACCACGCCACGAACUCCUCGACCGUGCAGCUCAAGAUCUACGGUGACCCGGAUGCUGCAGCUGCCAAGGACCUGGAGGACAAGCUCUUGGCAUUGCCCGGCAUCAGUUCUGCCAAACUCAGUCUGGCAACAUCUCGACUCACCAUCAGCCACCAACCCCAUGUCACUGGUCUUCGCGCCGUAGUUGAGACGGUCGAAGCCGCCGGCUACAACGCCUUAAUGGCCGAGAAUGAUGACAAUAAUGCCCAGCUGGAGUCACUGGCCAAGACGCGAGAAAUCAACGAGUGGAAGCGUGCGUUCCAGAUCUCAUUGGCAUUCGCGAUACCCGUCUUCUUCAUCGGCAUGAUCUUCCCCAUGUGCGUUCCAGCUUUGGAUUUUGGCGGCCUACGUCUAUUGCCCGGUCUUUACCUAGGCGACGUGAUCUGCUUGAUCCUGACGAUCCCCGUCCAAUUCGGGAUCGGCAAGCGCUUCUAUAGCUCGGCUUACAAGUCGGUCAAGCACGGCUCGCCAACCAUGGACGUGCUCGUCGUCCUCGGCACUUCUUGCGUAUUCUUCUUCAGCUGUGUCGCCAUGCUUGUGUCGUUCCUCGUCGAACCUCACACUCGACCAAACACUAUUUUUGACACCAGCACCAUGCUCAUCACCUUCAUCACUCUCGGCCGCUUCCUGGAGAACCGCGCCAAGGGACAGACGUCGAAGGCCCUCUCGCGCCUCAUGUCCCUGGCUCCUUCUAUGGCUACCAUCUACGCGGAUCCGAUCGCGGCAGAGAAAGCUGCCGAGGGCUGGGAGUCGGUUGCUGGCAGCGGGGAGCCCAAGACUCCAAGCCACAAUGGCAACGCAGCCGAGGAGAAGGUCAUUCCGACAGAACUCAUCCAGGUCGGCGACAUUGUCGUGCUUCGCCCUGGCGAUAAGAUUCCCGCCGACGGGAUCAUGGUCCGCGGAGAAACUUACGUGGAUGAGAGCAUGGUCACCGGUGAGGCCAUGCCGGUGCAGAAGAAGAAAGGCAGCUUCCUGAUCGGCGGUACCGUCAAUGGUCAUGGAAGAGUCGACUUCCGUGUCACCCGAGCAGGCCGCGAUACUCAGCUCAGCCAGAUCGUCAAAUUGGUCCAGGACGCCCAGACGACCCGUGCUCCCAUCCAACGGCUCGCUGACACCCUGGCUGGCUACUUUGUUCCUAUGAUCUUGAUCCUCGGCUUCAUCACCUUCGUGACGUGGAUGAUCUUGUCUCACGUCCUGCCGAAUCCGCCCAAGAUCUUCCUGAUGGAAGCCAGCGGCGGCAAGGUCUUUGUGUGCUUCAAGCUUUGUAUCUCGGUCAUUGUCUUCGCCUGCCCUUGCGCUCUUGGCCUGGCCACGCCCACCGCCGUCAUGGUCGGAACUGGCGUCGGCGCCGAGAGAGGUAUUCUGGUCAAGGGUGGUGCGGCCCUCGAGACCGCCACGAAAGUGACAUAUGUCAUUCUGGACAAGACCGGGACGAUUACCUAUGGCAAAAUGAGUGUUGCUAGAUCGAGGCUCGUGGCUUCCUGGCAGGAGAGUGAGCUCCGACGCAAGGUCUGGUGGACAGUCAUUGGCAUCGCCGAGAUGGGCAGUGAGCAUCCUAUCGGACGCGCCAUCCUGGCGGCAGCCAAGACCGAACUAGGACUGGAGCAAGAAGCCACCAUCGAGGGCAGCGUCGGCGACUUCAAAGCUUCAGUUGGGCGCGGGAUCAGCGCUACGGUGGAGCCCGCCACAGCUGAGCGAAAGCGGUACAAGGUACUCGUCGGCAAUGUCAAGUUCCUCCGCGAGAACAACGUCGAGGUGCCCAAGGAGGCCGUCGAAGCCUCGGAGGAGAUCAAUGCUAGUGCCGCUGACCGGAUCAAGAAGGCGUCCCCAAAGCCUUCGGCCGGCACCACCAACAUCUUCAUCGCCAUCGACGGCGAAUAUACCGGCCAUCUGUGCCUUUCUGACACUAUCAAGGAAGGCGCUGCGGCUGCCAUCUCGGUCCUCCACCGCAUGGGUGUCAAGACUGCCAUGGUCACAGGUGACCAGCGCUCCACUGCCGAGGCAGUUGCCUCGGCCGUUGGCAUCGAUACCACCAACGUCGAGGCCGGCGUCUCGCCUGACCAGAAGCAGUCCAUCAUUCGCAGGCUCCAAGAACAGGGAGAGGUCGUUGCCAUGGUUGGCGACGGCAUCAAUGACUCGCCUGCCCUGGCCACGGCCGACGUUGGUAUUGCCAUGUCUUCCGGUACCGAUGUGGCCAUGGAAGCUGCCGACGUCGUCCUCAUGCGGCCCAACGACCUCAUGGAUAUCCCUGCUGCGCUGCACCUAGCCCGGACCAUCUUUGGUAGAAUCAAGUUGAACCUGGCGUGGGCUUGUGCCUACAAUGCCAUCGGUCUCCCCUUUGCAAUGGGUAUCUUCCUACCCUUGGGCUUCCACCUACAUCCCAUGGCUGCAGGUGCGGCGAUGGCUUGCUCCAGCGUUAGUGUCGUGGUUAGCAGUCUGCUGCUCAAGUUCUGGAAGAGGCCGUCCUACAUGGACGAGUCGCUCUACGACGAAUGGGGACAUCUGAAGAGGAAGAGCCGCGGCUGGAGCGCGCGGGAGAUUGUGGAUAGGGCCCACGAGGGCGCCACGGGUGUCGUGAACAUGGUCACUGGGAGGAAGUGGAAGAAGCAGGAGGCUGAAGGAUAUGUGCCCCUGGCAACCUUGGACAGGGAUGACUGA